AUGCUUGCUAGAGAAGCAGUCCCAAACGAGCCAGAAAUCAACCCCAAAUCCUAUCUUAAAAAUAACAACCUCAAAUUUGUUGGAAUUCGGGGUGGGAGCAUUGAAAUCGAAGCUAAGGGUGAUCAUCAGUUGAGGGGAUAUUCCAACUCAAACUUCAAAAAAAGAUUUGAUGUGGGCGAAUUGCGUAUCGCUAAUAUUCAAGCUAAGAUCUCUGUGGAGGACUUUGACUACUUGAAGGGAUUUGCCAACUCCAACAAAAGAAUUGAUGAGAACGACCUACGCCUCGUUAAAAUCAGAGCUAAGAUCUUGGAGGAGGACGUUGACUACUUGAAGGGACUUGCCAACAAAAGAUUUGGUGUGGUGGAUCUGUUAAGGAGCAAGGAGGUGCAGCACCUUCCCUUGCCAGAAAAACCAUUGUAG